AUGAGAAAAAAGUGGAUAUUGGAAGAUUUUCAUUUUAUCUUUUUUGGUGUGCUCUGUCUCCUUUUCAUAGAUGGAGGUAAACUAGAACAAGUAAAACAUUCAGAUACAUACUGUGUGUUUCAAGAUAAGAAGUAUCGUGUAGGAGAAAGAUGGCAUCCUUACCUAGAACCCUAUGGCCUUGUUUACUGCGUUAAUUGUCUUUGCUCAGAGAAUGGAAAUGUACUGUGCAGCAGAAUAAGAUGCCCAAGUCUACACUGUCCUUCCCCUGUGCAUGUACCACAGCUGUGCUGCCCACGAUGCCCAGAAGACUCCCUGUUCUCAGUAAGCAGCAAAAUCACUGGGAAAUCCUGUGAAUACAAUGGCACCACCUACCAUCAUGGCGAAAUGUUUGUGGCAGAGGGGCUUUUCCAAAACAGGCAAGCAAACCAGUGUGCCCAGUGCAGCUGCUCAGAAGGAAAUGUGUACUGUGGGUUGAAGACUUGUCCCAAAUUAACUUGCUCUUUCCCAGUUUCUGUUCCGGAAUCCUGCUGUCCAGUUUGCAGAGGAGAUGGAGAAUUAUCAUGGGAACAUUCCGACGGAGAUAUCUUCCGGCAGCCAGCCAACAGGGAAGCUAGACACUCAUACCAUCGCUCCCACUACGACCUGUCACCCAGCUCUGCGAGGCAGGUAGUCAACAUUCCACGAUUUCCCAAUGCUAGGAGUAACCGUGGAGUCCUACCAGAUCCCCAGCAAGCUUCAGGAACAAUAGUACAAAUUGUCAUCAACAACAAGCAUAAGCACGGACGAGUUUGUGUUUCAAAUGGCAAAACAUACUCACAUGGUGAAUCUUGGCAUCCUAAUCUCCGGGCCUUUGGAAUCGUAGAGUGUGUGUUGUGCACCUGCAACAUCACCAAACAAGAAUGUAAGAAAAUUCAUUGUCCAGAACAAUACCCCUGCAAAUACCCUCAGAAAGUAGAAGGAAAAUGCUGUAAAGUCUGUCCAGGUAAAACAGAGGUAAAGGAGUUGCCAAGUCAAACCUUUGACAACAAAGAAUACUUCUGUGGGAAAGAGACAUUUCCCGUCUAUGAAUCCAUUUUCACAGAGGAAGGAGAAACCAUCAGAAAAAUUGCAGUAGAGACUGAAAAGCCACCUCAAAUAGAAAUACAUGUGUGGACAAUUAGAAAAGGGAUUCUGCGUCACUUCUAUGUUGAAAAAAUGUCCAAGAGAGAAUUUGAAGAACUUCCUUACUUCAAGCAGAUAACAAGGACAACCCCUAGCCAGUGGAAAAUAUUUAGCGAGGGAGAAGCUCAGAUCAGCCAAAUGUGUGAAAGCAGAGUGUGCAGGACUGAGCUCGAGGAUUUGGUAAAGGUUUUGUACCUUGAAAAGUCUGAAAAGGGUCACUGUUAAGGGAGACAGCACUGGAGGGAGAAACAGAAGAAAACUUAUGAAAACUUGGAUCUGCAGCUGGACUGCAGGCUUAUUUUGCUUAAGUCAACAGUUGCCCUAAAAACGAAAACUAUAAUGCAGUAAUUAUUCACAUUAUGCACAGCAAAUUUGCUGCUUUAUGUGUAGUGGUCUGUGUCAACCGUUCAAAUAUCUCCUCCAAAAGACUAGGAGGCUCUGUAUUACUGGUGGGAGAAGGAGAAAGAGAGACUGUACUUUCCCAGAGUUGCAUUUCUUUACAAGUUAAAAAGAGAAAACAGAACAUUUUUAUUAUUAUUAUUUGGCAAGUUAUUCAAACUAAUGAAAAGAAGGACACCUAAUAAAUGUGCAGGACCUAUGGAGAGCAUUAUUUCCUGUGCUGAAUGUAUACCAUUUCUGGUGUUGAAAUGACUCGUGGGUUUUUUUUACUAGUGGAGGAAAAAUACAAGUGAUACAAUACUUGUGUUGGAGACAUAAAAAAUAGAUUAAACUAACAAACUCCUAAGCAGCCUGCCUUUGGGAUGAUGUCUUGUAGUUGAGCAAACUGAGUCCAUAAACUGAACAGCAGGUGUUAGUGGCAAUCACUGUAUUUUUGUAGCAAUUUGAGCAAAUGUUCACUUUUAAGUGGUUUUCACUGUUUCCUCCACCCACUUCUCUAAAAAAAUGUGAAGUGUUAGCUCCCUAUCACAGCCCUAAUAACUUCAUUCUUCUGGGCCCUAUUAACACAUGGUCUUGGCUGAUAAACUGCCUUCUAAAGUGACGUGGCAGAAGGUGCUGAAGUACUCGCAGUACUUUCAAAACACCUACAGGGUUAAACCUCCCGAUUAAUAACUCCUUAAGAGUUGCGACAGUGCUUAAUUUAUUUGUUCUGAUUUGUUACAAACCUAAUCUUCUGCAUUUUUCUGAGGGUGACCUCUCAAUUCUCAUGCUUCAAGGACAGCUCUCUCCCAUUAUAAACACCGAACAGCUACCGCAGGCCUU